CUGCCUGCUUUCACAGUUCAAAUGGAUGAGCCUUGUGGUGAGAGGGAGAAGGAAUUUCUUAGCCUUAAAAAGGUGCAAUGUGAGGACAAGAGAUGGGACUUCAAUUCGGCUGUCUCCCUACCAGCCACAAGCAGACCUUUGGUGCCCUGCAAUCAAACAAUGGAUGUCAGUUUUGAAGCUUCUCUUCCCCUGGAAAUCUCCGUGAAGCUGGAAGCCCCCCGAAAACUACCAAGCAUCAUGGAAGUCUCUGACUACGCAGAAGACAUCUAUCUUUACCUGAGGGAAAUGGAGGUGAAAUUUAAACUGAAUGUGGAUUACAUGAAGAACCAGCCAGACACCAUUGAGAACUUGAGGGUUCUCUUACUGAACUGGCUCGUGGUUGCGGGGCAAUUACUGGAGCUCCAGAAUGAGACUCUGCACUUGGCAGUGAACUAUUUCGAUCGGUACCUCUCCUUAGAGCCAGUGUCCCCUGAGACGCUUCAGCUGCUGGGCAUUGCGGCCUUGCGCCUUGCCACAAAGUUUGAAGAAGCCUACCCACUCCGAAUAAUUCAGCUUAUUCACCACAUGGCUGGCCAAUACACUAAGAAGCAGAUAACAGGAAUGGAGUGCAGGAUGCUGCAAGUGCUGGCUUUUCACCUUGCCCUGCCCACAAUCAAUCAGUUCCUCACUCAGUAUUUCCUUCAUCAACAGCAGCCCAACCCUCAUGUGGAAAGUUUAGCCAUGUUUCUGGGAGAGCUGUGUUUAGUUGAUAAGGUCACCUAUCUGAAGUAUCUCCCCUCAGUUACGGCAGGAGCUGCAUUUCAUCUAGCACUCUACACGGUCACUGGGAAGAGCUGGCCCGAGUCAUUGGUCCAGAAAACCGGAUAUACCCUGGAAAGUCUUAAGCCAUGUCUCAUGGACCUUCAUUGGACCUACUUCAGCGCAUCACAGCAUGCUGUAUAUUCCAUACCAGAAAAAUACAGAAAGCCAAUGUACCAUGGUGUAGCACACAUCCCACCUCCAGAGACACUCAACUUGGAGUGAGCAAGAGACUCAGAGCUGAAACUCCAACAGAAGCCUUGCUGUGCAAUUUUUAUU